GGCAGUAAGUACCACUGGCAGAGUCAGAAUGUCAAGCAGAGCGGUGUGGACGACAUGGUGCUGCUGUCCAAGAUCAGCGAAGAUGCCAUUGUGGAAAAUUUGAAGAAGAGAUUCAUGGAUGACUUCAUCUUUGUAUCCUAUUUGAUUGUUUGUUAGAGAGUUCCUUUAUCAAGUCUCACAAAAACAAUUUUUCCUGUGAAGAGUUGGGUAUUCUAAUGUCUCUGUUCUUGAUUCUUUAAAUGUCUCUUCAGUGAAAGUUAAAAAUAGGCGGGGAAGUACACUGUGAAGACACACACUCUCUCAGACUGAUAUACAGUGGGGAAAAAAAGUAUUUAGUCAGCCACCAAUUGUGCAAGUUCUCCCACUUAAAAAGAUGAGAGAGGCCUGUAAUUUUCAUCAUAGGUACACGUCAACUAUGACAGACAACAUGAGAAAAAAAUCCAGAAAAUCACAUUGUAGGAUUUUUAAUGAAUUUAUUUGCAAAUUAUGGUGGAAAAUAAGUAUUUGGUCAAUAACAAAAGUUUCUCAAUACUUUGUUAUAUACCCUUUGUUGGCAAUGACACAGGUCAAAUGUUUUCUGUAAGUCUUCACAAGGUUUUCACACACUGUUGCUGGUAUUUUGGCCCAUUCCUCCAUGCAGAUCUCCUCUAGAGCAGUGAUGUUUUGGGGCUGUCGCUGGGCAACACAGACAUUCAACUCCCUCCAAAGAUUUUCUAUGGGGUUGAGAUCUGGAGACUGGCUAGGCCACUCCAGGACCUUGAAAUGCUUCUUACGAAGCCACUCCUUCGUUGCCCGGGCGGUGUGUUUGGGAUCAUUGUCAUGCUGAAAGACCCAGCCACGUUUCAUCUUCAAUGCCCUUGCUGAUGGAAGGAGGUUUUCACUCAAAAUCUCACGAUACAUGGCCCCAUUCAUUCUUUCCUUUACACGGAUCAGUCGUCCUGGUCCCUUUGCAGAAAAACAGCCCCAAAGCAUGAUGUUUCCACCCCCAUGCUUCACAGUAGGUAUGGUGUUCUUUGGAUGCAACUCAGCAUUCUUUGUCCUCCAAACACGACGAGUUGAGUUUUUACCCAAAAGUUCUAUUUUGGUUUCAUCUGACCAUAUGACAUUCUCCCAAUCCUCUUCUGGAUCAUCCAAAUGCACUCUAGCAAACUUCAGACGGGCCUGGACAUGUACUGGCUUAAGCAGGGGGACACGUCUGGCACUGCAGGAUUUGAGUCCCUGGCGGCGUAGUGUGUUACUGAUGGUAGGCUUUGUUACUUUGGUCCCAGCUCUCUGCAGGUCAUUCACUAGGUCCCCCCAUGUGGUUCUGGGAUUUUUGCUCACCGUUCUUGUGAUCAUUUUGACCCCACGGGGUGAGAUCUUGCGUGGAGCCCCAGAUCGAGGGAGAUUAUCAGUGGUCUUGUAUGUCUUCCAUUUCCUAAUAAUUGUUCCCACAGUUGAUUUCUUCAAACCAAGCUGCUUACCUAUUGCAGAUUCAGUCUUCCCAGCCUGGUGCAGGUCUACAAAUUUUUUUUCUGGUGUCCUUUGACAGCUCUUUGGUCUUGGCCAUAGUGGAGUUUGGAGUGUGACUGUUUGAGGUUGUGGACAGGUGUCUUUUAUACUGAUAACAAGUUCAAACAGGUGCCAUUAAUACAGGUAACGAGUGGAGGACAGAGGAGCCUCUUAAAGAAGAAGUUACAGGUCUGUGAGAGCCAGAAAUAUUGCUUGUUUGUAGGUGACCAAAUACUCAUUUUCCACCAUAAUUUGAAAAUAAAUUCAUAAAAAAUCCUACAAUGUGAUUUUCUGGAAUUGUUUUAAUCAAUUUGUCUGUCAUAGUUGACGUGUACCUAUGAUGAAAAUUACAGGCCUCUCUCAUCUUUUUAAGUGGGAGAACUUGCACAAUUGGUGGCUGACUAAAUACUUUUUUUCCCCACUGUAUAUAUAUAUAGGCACACACUUACAUGCACACACACUCACACACAAACAUGUACACCUGCACACAAACAAAACAUCUUAUAAAGGACUUUAUACCAUGUAGAGAGAUUUCAGAUUAAAGAUCACUGAGGUCAUAUCACUGGCCCAUAGCAUUGGUCCUUCCAUUCUGUAUCAUAGGUGACAAUAGAUGAUGCUCCUAUUGACACGUUAGCAACAACACAAUAACAAACAUACCAUCCUUGCCUCAGUCAUCCCCCUACCACACAUCUUCACACAUGUAUGUAUGCAAUAACAGGACUACACUGUUCCUCUUUUGAAUUCACAGCAUGACUCAACAGCAAACUUCCCUAUUUUUGGUACACUGCACAUUUGGCACUUACGUCAUACUUUGUGUGAAAAAAUAUUUAUAUUUAUAUUUUUGAAAGGUUGACAUCAUCAUCAACAAUUUCAAUGUGAUUGUUUCAAUAUUACAUGAUUUCACCAGAAACACCCUCCCUAUUCCGUAACAGUCAUGUGCAGACCUAUAUUGGCUCUGUGUUGAUAUCAGUGAACCCAUUCAAACAGAUGCCCUAUUUCACUGACCGGGAAAUUGAACUCUACCAAGGGGCUGUGAGUAAACCAUCCUAUUGUUCAAUGAUUACUUUGGCAUUUAUAUGCCCAUUAAUUUCCUUGUUUACCUUAGUAAAUGAAAUGUGUGCACAACAUUUGAGAGAAAUAAGCUUUUUGUGCGUAUGGAAAAUUUUGGGAAUGUUUUAUUUCAGCUCAUGAAACAUGGGAGCAACACUUUACAUGUUGCGUUUAUAUUGUUCAGUAUAGAUUCAUCUCUCUCUCUCUCUCUCUCUCUCUCUCUCUCUCUCUCUCUCUCUCUCUCUCUCUCUCUCUCUCUCUCUCUCUCUCUCUCUCUCUCUCUCUCUCUCUCUCUCUCUCUCUCUCUCUCUCUCUCUCUCUCUCUCUCUCUCUCUCUCUCUCUCUCUCUCUCUCUCUCUCUCUCUCUCUCUCUCUCUCUCUCUCUCUCUCUCUCUCUCUCUCUCUCUCUCUCUCAAGGCCCAAUAUGAAAACCCUCCCCACAUCUACGCCCUGACUGAUAACAUGUACAGGAACAUGAUGAUCGAUCAGGAGAACCAGUGUGUUAUUAUCAGGUGUGUCAUUAUAACAGUCUCACAUUUUAUUAAUAAAGUCUGCUUUCUCUUUCUUCUGGCAGGCAGGAUGUAGGCCUAGUGCUUCUCUGUGCCUCCGUCUUACACACCUUAGGCCAGUGUUUCCCAACCCUGGUUCUCGAGUACCCCCAACAGUACACAGUUUUGUUGUAGCCCUGGACAAACACACCUCAUUCAACUCAUUGAGGGCUUGAUGAUUAAUUGACAAGUUGAAUCAGGUGUGCUUGUCCAUGGUUACAAUAAAAAUGUUGGGGGUACUCGAGGAUCAGGGUUGGGAAACAUUGCCUUAGGCCUUCUCAUGUGUGUCAUUCCACCCAAGCUCACCGAGGCCAACUUUCACUGUUUUUCUCAAAACUACCGAAGAACCAAAGAACCAAAGAAUCAGUGUUUAAUUUCCUUUAUACCGGAAAUAAACUAUGAAUUUCAUGUGUAGCCAUAGUUCACCUUUCCAGAAAGCUUCACACAAAGUGAUUGACAUUGCCCCUAAUAUGUCUGUGUGUUAUGUGUGUGUUGUGCCAGCGGGGAGAGUGGAGCUGGGAAGACUGUGGCUGCAAAGUACAUUAUGGGUUACAUCUCCAAAGUAUCAGGAGGAGGUGAUAAAGUGCAGGUAUUACAAUAUUACCAUUUCCAUUACCAUUAAAAAAACAACUAUUAGCAUUGCCAUUACUAAUGACUGUGAAGGAGACUCUGAACUGCUGUGUCGUGAUGUUUCUCCCUAUGUGUCUUUCAGCAUGUGAAGGACAUCAUCCUCCAGUCUAAUCCUCUGCUGGAGGCCUUCGGCAACGCCAAGACUGUCCGCAACAACAACUCCAGCCGCUUUGUGAGUGACACGUACAGCAAUCAACCUUCCUUUUCCCCUUAUUUCUCUUUCUAUCCUCCUCAUCUUGUUCCUCCUCCUCUUCUCUAGACACUGUAUGUGGCCUAUCAAAGUAAGACUGAUACUGUAAACUGUUCAUUUCUGCAACUAUUUGUUUGGAACUCUAACGGGUCUGUUAGUCACGUGCUAUCUAUUCUUAUAGCCAAUACACUGUGCACAGAGGUUGUUGUUUUUCCUGUGCUCUACCAGAGAUGAUCUGCAUUCUGCAGACUAUAUACCCACAGCAGCAGUAUGCAACAGUCACCUUUCACCCUCGCCCCUUUCCCUAUUGCUGAGACCCUGAGACGUUAUCGUCAGUUCCUAGCCACAUCCACAUGCAACAGUACAGCCUUUGUAACUGAGUGCCUGUCACCUCUGGUGUUUCCUGCCUCUGAGGUGCUCUGCUGUAUGUACUGCAGGCCUCUAUUAUGGAAGAGCAACACAAUGAGAUCAAAGAGCUGUGUAGUAAAGUAAUGUAACCAACAAUUUACCCAUCAGUGGUUGCUUAAAAGGAGAAUCCACUCAAAAAAACAUAUUUUGGUAUUGUUUUCAUUCGUCUACUGUUGAUACAGUCCCAAAUGUUUAGCAUGUCAGCAGUCAAGUUCUUAAGAUAUUGGACUUUCAAGAAGCAAAGUGUCACCAGCCACAUAAUCAUGAUGAUGCAAAAUGCAGUGGACUAAUGAAAAAAAUACUAAAAGAUAGUUUUUGAGUGGAUUUUCCCUUUAAAGGCUAAAUAUCCUUCCUACACGUUUAUGUUAUUUACAUACAAAUAUAUUUUUAGGGAGUUUACCACAACUUUGAGGAGCUUGUGUCACUGCUCUGGUGCUCUCAUUUCACCAGUCCAUACUAGGGCUAUAUCCCCACUCCAAACCAGAACCCUCAAGUCAUAAUUUGAGUGAUAUGUUUUUGUGUGUGUGUUCUGAUCUAACAGGGUAAGUACUUUGAGAUCCAGUUUAGCAGAGGAGGAGAGCCGGACGGUGGUAAAAUCUCCAACUUCCUCCUUGAGAAGUCGAGGGUGGUGAGCCAGAAUGAGAACGAGAGGAACUUCCACGUCUACUACCAGGUCAGUCAGGCCCUGAGCUAGGCCAGCAGUGACACAGCUACCCACAAUGACUCUCUCACUACCUACCCAUCACCUCCUACUGGCCUUUCAUACAACUGGGUGAGAAGGUGAAUGACCUUCUCACCCUUGAGCACAUUAACGGUUCUGUAGUAUUUCAUAACUGGGUGUGAAUUGUUGACGUGUAAUUAAUGUGCUGUAACUUUCAGUUGUAUUUAUCUGAACUGUUGUAUUUAGCUAAUAGAGGGAGCCAACCUCCAGCAGAAAGAAGGCCUGGGCAUCAUGACUCCAGAAUACUACUACUACCUGAACCAGUCAGGGACAUACAAAGUGGACGGAACCAAUGACAGCAAGGACUUUCAGGAGACAAUGGUACUUUACUCCAUUAGGGCUUAAAACAUAGAAUACACAUUUUUCACAGAAGCACUGGGAGCAAAUUGACACUUCCGGUUUAUAUUUGUAAUACAGGCUUAUAAUUUGCAAAAUAUACUGUUCUAUUGCGUAUUCUUCCAUCAUAUUCCCUCAGUCCCAGUUCUAGAUGUUGUUGUGUGUUGUUAGGACCAGGAGUAAUGCCUCUCUGUUGUAUUUUGUCCACAGGAAGCCAUGCAUGUGAUUGGGAUCCCAGAGGCCCACCAGGCUCAGGCGCUGCAGAUCAUAGCAGGAAUCCUGCACCUUGGAAACAUCAGCUUCAUAGAGGCAGGCAACUAUGGCCAGGUGGAGAGCACUGACUGUGAGUGGGAGACAUGGGAGCGCAAACAUGCAUAAUACAUUCAUAAAUGCAACACCCAGUGAAGAUGGAAAAAAUUGGGGAUUUGUCCUGUUUGUAUUUUCUCCCUUCCAGUGCUUGCCUUCCCUGCCUAUCUGCUGGGCGUUGACCCAACGCGUCUGCAAGACAAACUGACCAGCAGAAAGAUGGACUCGAAGUGGGGUGGAAAGUCUGAAUCCAUCGAUGUGACGCUCAACCAGGAACAAUCCACCUACACCCGCGACGCCCUGGCUAAGGCCCUCUACACACGACUCUUUGACUACCUGGUGGAGGUUAGGGACAUCUACUAUAAACUGCAAUGAUACACACACAGACAUAAAUACAGUAAUGACAUGUCCGUUUCAUACUAAUUAAUUAUCCUCAUACCAGGCCAUAAACAAAGCCAUACAGAAACCUCAUGAAGAAUACAGCAUCGGAGUUCUUGACAUAUAUGGCUUUGAGAUAUUCCAGGUAAAUCGUAUAUUAAAUACAUAGAAAUGUACAUCUCUGAUUGGAUAACGAAACAAGACAUAGCUAUGAUGAUAAUAUGUUGUAACAUUCUCUUUAACCUGGAUGUGUGCUUUCUGACAGAGGAAUGGGUUUGAGCAGUUCUGCAUCAACUUUGUCAACGAGAAGCUACAGCAGAUAUUUAUUGAGCUGACACUGAAGGCUGAACAGGUACAAACGACUCUCAAACAUCAACACUUUACAUUUCUUUAAGAGGUGUCUUGGAUGUUGUUUAAUAGUUAUAUUGGCAUUGUCUAUCUCUCUAUGUUUCUCCCAGGAAGAGUAUGUUCAGGAAGGAAUCAAAUGGACACCAAUUGAGUAUUUCAACAACAAGGUUGUGUGUGACCUCAUCGAGAAUAAGUUGGUAAGCUCAAAAUGACACAAUAUCUCAAUGUAAUUUCCUCAAAUGUAUCUACAGUCACAUCCAAAAAGUAUUGGCACCCUUGAUAAAGAUGAGCAAAAAAGACUAUCAAAUAAAUAAUACAAAUAUUACGUAUAUUGUGAAAAUAUUAUUAUUUUAUACUAAUACAAUUGGUCAGAGAAAUAUAUUGUGUUUAACAAGUAAUACCAUUUUUUUUAAAGAUGGGUGUCAAAAUUAUUGCCACCCCUGUUUUCAAUACUUUGUGCAAACCUACCCUUUACGAGGAUAACGGCACUUAGCUUUUUUCUAUCAUGUUUUAUGAGAUUGAAGAUCACAUCGGGAGGGCUCUUAGACCAUUCCUCCACACAGAAUCUUUCCAGAUCCUUUAUAUCUUUCGGUCUGUGCUUAUGGACUGCCCUCUUCAAUUCAAACCACAGGUUUUCAGUGGGUUUCAAGUCCAUAGACUGAGAUGGCCUUUGCAAAAUGUUGAUUUUGUGUUCAAUUAACAAUUUCUUUGUGGAUUUUGAUGUUGCUUGGGAUCAUUGUCUUGCUGGAAGAUCCAAUUGCGGCCAAGUUUCAGCCUCCUGGCCGAGGCAACCAGGUUUUUGGCUAAAAUGUCCUGGUACUUGGUAGAGUUCAUGAUCUCCAUAACAUCAAAGAUCCACCAGCAUAUUUUACAGUAGGUAUGACAUUCUUUUCUGCAUAUGCAUCCUUCUUUCGAGGCCUAACCCACCACUGGUGUGCGUGCCAAAGAGCUCUAUUUUCGUCUCAUCUGAGCAUAGCACCCGGUUCCAAUCCAAAUGCCAAUGCAAUUUAGCAAACUCAAUCCGUUUACAUUUGUUGGUUGCUCUCAAUAUAGGCUUUUUUAUGGCAUCCCUUCCAAAUAGCCUAUUGGCAUGGAGGUGGCGUCUAAUUGUAGAUUUGGAGACUUGGUGACCCCAAGAUGCGACCAAGUUCUGUAAUUCUACAACUGUGGCCCUCAGACUUUUCUUUGCCUCCGGAACGAUCUUCCUCACUGUGCGUGGGGACAAGAUACACUUGGGUCUUCUACCAGGUAAGUUUACCACUGUUCCAGUGGUUUUAAACUUCUCCAUUGUUGCCCUAAUAGUGUUAAGUGGUGUAUUCGGUUUUCUGUGGGUUUUUUGUACCCAUUGGCUGAUUUAUGAAAGUCAACAGCCAUUUGUCUCUUUUCAUUAGUGAAUUCUUUGCCUUUCCCCAUGGUGAUGGAUGACAAAUGGAUUUUGCAUGCGUGUUACCUCAUUUUUAUACCCCAGGGAAAGCCACAAAAGGCUACAAUACAGUUCCUUAAAGAUGCAGUAUGCAUAAAUCGUUCCUCCAUUUCCUGGUUGCUAAAAUUCUAAUUGUUUGCCUAAUUUCAGUUUGUGACAAUACAAACAAGUAUAGUGUAGAUAAUCAUUGUACCAUCUAAACCGCUGUCAAAUAUCCGUUCCAUAACCAAAAUUAUUUUGUUUUUAGCUGUUUGAAGCUGGUGUACAAAACCAAAAGUAUAAGACGCAUAAACAAAACUUAAGAACGGGAAGCAUAAAAAUAGCGCACAUAGAACAGAUCUACCACUUCCUAGACUUGCUUUUAAUGCGAAUGACAGAUCUAUAACCCAUAUUUAUAUGUUAUUUGGUCAAGUCGCCAAAGAAAUUACAUAUUGCAGCUUUAAAGGGCAACUACACUUCCUGAUUUGACCUCCUGUUUUAAACUUGCUUAAUUAAGAAAUGCUAGCGGCCAUGACUGAAUUCAAACGUGAGUUAGUUUCAGGGUGUGGGUGUCUCUUGUGUGUGUUUGCAGGUGGUAAGAGUUAGCCUAAUUAUUUGCCAAUUAGCUUCAGCCGGCUGGUGUGUGACAGUGGCAAAGUUGGUAUGACUUUGCAUAGCCUAUCUUCGGGGCUAGUAUCUCUGGGGCUAAUUACACAGUGUAAGUCUUGAAUGAAUCGUGAAUAGUGAUGAGUGAGAAAGUUACAGAUGCACAAAUAUCAUACCCCCCCCAAAAAAAUGCUAACCUCCACUGUUAUUGUAAUGGUGAGAGGUUAGCAUGUCUUGGGGGUAUGACAUUUGUGCGUCUGUAACUUUCUCAUUCAUCAUUAUUCACAAUUCAUUCAGGACUAUGUGUAAUCAUGGUAGCAUCCACAUUAAUGUAGAAGUGUUUAGAAACAUAUUUUAUUCUUAUUUAUAAUAAAAGUGACUCCAAAAUGACACAAUACAUUAUUUACCAUUCAUUCAUUUCUAUUGGGCACAAAAUCAUCUGAAACACAACCAAAACAAACAGCAAAUGCAUCCAACAAGUUUGUAGAGUAGGAAUAUGGGACGAAAUACUAAACCUUUGACUACACUACCAGUCAAAAGUUUGGACACACCUAUUCAUUCAAGGGUUUUUCUUUAUUUUUACUAUUUUCUACAUUGUAUAAUAAUAGUGAAGACAUCAAAACUAUGAAUAACACAUAUGGAAUCAUGUAGUAACCCAAAAAGUGUUAAACAAAUCAAAAUAUAUUUUAUAUUUGAGAUUCGUCAAAGUAGCCACCCUUUGCCUUGAUGACAGCUUUGCACACUCUUUGCAUUCUCUCAACCAGCUUCACUUGGAAUGCUUUUCCAACAGUCUUGAAAGAGUUCCCACAUAUGCUGAGCACUUGUUGGCUGCUUUUCCUUCACUUUGCAGUCCAACUCAUCCCAAACCAUCUCAAUUGGGUUGAGGUCGGGUGAUUGUGGAGGCCAGGUCAUCUGAUGCAGCACUCCAUCACUCUCCUUCUUGGUCAAAUAGCCCUUACACAGCCUGGAGGUGUGUUGGGUCAUUGUCCUGUUGAAUAGUCCCACUAAGCGCAAACCAGAUGGGAUGGCGUAUCGUUGCAGAAUGCUGUGGUAGCCAUGCUGGUUAAGUGUGCCUUGAAUUCUAAAUAAAUCACAGACAGUGUCACCAGCAAAGCACCCCCACACCAUCACACCUCCUCAUCCAUGCUUCACGGUGGGAACCACACAUGCGGAAAUCAUCCGUUCACCUACUCUGCGUCUCACAAAGACACGGUGGUUGGAACCAAAAAUCUCUAAUCUGGACUCAUCAGACCAAAGGACAGAUUUCCACCGGUCUAAUGUCCAUUGCUCGUGUUUCUUGGCCCAAGCAAGUCUCUUCUUCUUAUUGGUGUCCUUUAGUAGUGGUUUCUUUGCAGCAAUUUGACCAUGAAGGCCUGAUUCACGCAGUCUCCUCUGAACAGUUGAUGUUGAGAUGUGUCUGUUACUUGAACUCUGUGAAGCAUUUAUUUGGGCUGCAAUUUAUGAGACUGGUAACUCUAAUGAACUUGUCCUCUGCAGCAGAAGUAACUCUGGGUCUUCCUUUCCUGUGGCGGUCCUCAUGAGAGCCAGUUGCAUCAUAGCGCUCGAUGGUUUUUGCGACUGCACUUGAAGAAACUUUCAAAGUUCUUGAAGUUCUCCGGAUUGACUGACCUUCAUGUCUUAAAGUAAUAACGGACUGUCGUUUCUCUUUGCUUAUUUGAGCGGUCCUUGCAAUAAUAUGGACUUGGUCUUUUACCAAAUAGGGCUAUCUUCUAUAUAGCGUCUGCUAAAUGGCAUAUUAUUAUUAUUAUUAUUAUUAUUAUAUACCACCCCUACCUUGUCACAACACAACUGAUUGGCUCAAAUGCAUUAAGAAGGAAAGAAAUUGUCACGAUCGCCAAUAAAGUAGGACCAAAGCGCAGCGUUGGGAGUGAACAUGAUGACUUUAAUGUGAAAUAACGACAAAACAAAACACGAUCCGUAACGUCCUCAGUACACCGACUGAACAUAGAACAAAAACCCACAACUAACACAAGAAAACCUACAUCUUAAAUAUGGCUCCCAAUCAGAGAUAACGAGCCGACAGCUGACACUCGUUACCUCCGAUUGGGAGUCAUUGAAUACAAACAAGGAAACACAACCACAACCUAGAAAUAGACACAACAGAACUCCCCACCUAGAAAUAAACGUGACAGACAUGCAACCAUAAAACAUCACCCAAAACCCAACAAAACAACAUACACCCUGGCUCAAAUACACAAGUCCUGGAGCCAGAGUGUGACAGUACCCCCCCCUAAAGGUGCGAACUCCGGGCGCACCAGCAUACAGUCUAGGGGAGGGUCUGGGUGGGCGUCUGUCCACGGUGGCGGUUCUGCCCCUGGUCGUGGUCCCCAUCCCACCUUAGUCACCACCCGCUUCCCUAGCCUCCUCCACAUUACCACCCCCCAACUACACCCCACUGGGUUAAGGGGCGGCACCGGACUAAGGGGCAGCACCGGACUACGGGGAAGUACCGGACUAAGGGGCAGUACCGGACUAAGGGGCAGUACCAGGCUGAAUGGCGGAUACUGGCUGGACGGCUCUGGUGGCUCCUGGCUGGUCGGCUCUGGCGGAUCCUGGCUGGACGGCUCUGGCGGAUCCCGGCUGGACGGCUCUGGCGGAUCCCGGCUGGACGGCUCUGGCGGAUCCCGGCUGGACGGCUCUGGCGGAUCCCGGCUGGACGGCUCUGGCGGAUCCUGGCUGGACGGCUCUGGCGGAUCCUGGCUGGACGGCUCAUGGCUGGCUGAUGGAUCUGGCUGCUCAUGGCUGGCUGACGGAUCUGGCUGCUCAUGGCUGGCUGACGGAUCUGGCUGCUCAUGGCUGGCUGACGGAUCUGGCUGCUCAUGGCCGGCUGACGGAUCUGGCUGCUCAUGGCUGGACGGCUCUGGCGGAUCCUGGCUGGCGGAAGGCUCUGGCUGAUCCUGUCUGGCAGAAGGCUCUGGCUGAUCCUGUCUGGCGGAAGGCUCUGGCUGAUCCCGUCUGGCGGAAGGCUCUGGCUGAUCCCGUCUGGCGGAAGGCUCUGGCUGAUCCUGUCUGGCGGACGGCUCUGGCUGGACAGGGCUGACGACGCACCCCGUAGGCUCGGGGCGUUGAGCAGGGACAGGCAGAACCGCACUGGGGACACACACCCCUGGCCCUACACGGGGAUCAGGAACGGGCCGGACCGGACUGGAAACACCCCCCAGUACCUCUCGCCGUGCCUCCACACUUUCCAUCCCCUUCGUAACCAGUGGCCCCCUUAAACUGGCGGCCAUAUCUGCCAACCUCUUGCACUCCUCCGGGCCGUACACCUUCUGCCCCGACGUCGUGAGCCCCCCCCUAAAAAUUUUCUGGGGGUCUCUCCUCUCGGUGGACCAGGCCUCCAUAGUCCUCUCCCAACCUUCACUCUUCUGGCUCCACCACCCGUUAUCCAACUGCUGCUUGGUCUCGUUGUGGUGGGUUUUUCUGUCACGAUCGCCAAUAAAGUAGGACCAAAGCGCAGCGUUGGGAGUGAACAUGAUGACUUUAAUGUGAAAUAACGACAAAACAAAACACGAUCCGUAACGUCCUCAGUACACCGACUGAACAUAGAACAAAAACCCACAACUAACACAAGAAAACCUACAUCUUAAAUAUGGCUCCCAAUCAGAGAUAACGAGCCGACAGCUGACACUCGUUACCUCCGAUUGGGAGUCAUUGAAUACAAACAAGGAAACACAACCACAACCUAGAAAUAGACACAACAGAACUCCCCACCUAGAAAUAAACGUGACAGACAUGCAACCAUAAAACAUCACCCAAAACCCAACAAAACAACAUACACCCUGGCUCAAAUACACAAGUCCUGGAGCCAGAGUGUGACAGAAAUUCCACAAAUUAACUUUUAACAAGGCACACCUGUUAAUUGAAAUGCAUUCCAGGUGACUACCUCAUGAAGCUGGUUGAGAGAAUGCCAAGAGUGUGCAAAGCUGUCAUCAAGGCAAAGGGUGGCUACUUUGAAGAAUCUCAAAUAUAACAUAUGUUUUGAUUUGUUUGACACUUUUUUGGUUACUACAUGAUUCCAUAUGUGUUAUUUCAUAGUUUUGUCUUCACUAUUAUUCUACAAUGUAGAAAAUAGUAAAAAUAAAGAAAAACCCUGACUGGUACUGUACUUUAAUACACAUAAGUGAAUUUGUCCCAAUACUUUUGGUCUCCUAAACUGGGGGGACUAUGUACAAAAAGUGCUGUAAUUUCUAAACGGUUCACCCGAUAUGGAUGGAAAUACCCUCAAAUUAAAGCUGACAGUCUGCACUUUAACCUCAUAGUCACUGUAUCAUUUCAAAUCCAAAGUGCUGAAGUACAGAGCCAAAACAACAAAAUUGUCACUGUCCCCAAACUUUUGGAGCUCACUGUCGCUCAGUAUCUGUGUUAUUAAUUUGAUACAGUCUUUUUUGCUAAACUUUAUCAAUGGUGCCAAUCAUUUCGGAUGUGACUGUAUAUUAUGUUUGUGGCUACCACUCUACAUUUCUAACAAUCCCUCUCCCCCCCAGAACCCGCCAGGCAUCAUGAGCGUGCUGGAUGAUGUGUGUGCCACCAUGCAUGCCAAGGGUGAGGGGGCAGACGGCACCCUGCUCCAGAAGCUCUCUGCGGCGGUGGGCACACACGAACACUUUAACAGCUGGAACUCUGGCUUCGUCAUCCACCACUACGCAGGCAAGGUGAGUACCAGGAGAAGACAAGAGUUCUAAACUCAAAACUGAUUUAAGUAAACACUUCAUGUGGGUAGAUGUGGGUGAGGUGUGAAGGUUGGUGUGGAUUUUAAGGUUGACACAUUAUGUAUUAUCUGUCACCUCAGGUCUCCUACGAAAUAAACGGCUUCUGUGAGAGAAACCGGGAUGUGCUUUUUACUGACCUUAUUGAACUCAUGCAGAGCAGCGAACAGUAUGUAUACCUCCAUCUUUACCUUAACAGACAGAUCCCAGUAAGCAAAACCUAUUUGACGUCAGGUUCAUUUUAUGUGCUGAACGAAAGGUGAAAAUACAUAUUUUAUUCACGUCGAAAGUACAAUUUAUGGACGUCGAAAAUACAUAUUUUCCGGACAUUGAAAACACAUUAUCUGCACGUUGAAAAUACAUAUUUUCCAGACGUUAAAAAUAUGUAUUUUUCUGACGUUGAAAUCAGGUGCAUUUUAGGUGCUGAAUGAAAGAUGAAAACAACGUAUUUUCUGGAUGUCAAAAAGACAUAUUUUCCAGACGUUGAAAAUACAACAUUUUUUGGUCAUUGAUUCUAUGGCCAAAUUUCAACUGCUCAUACAUUCUCAAUGACAUAAGCAUUAUAUCACAUUAAUAAUUUUAGGAAUAUAGGAAAGAGGAGCCAACUGAAGAUUGCAACUUCUUCUCCCAAGUGGCGCAGUGGUCUAAGGCACUGCAUCGCAGUGCUAGCUGUGCCACUAGAGAUCCUGGUUCGAAUCCAGGCUCUGUCAUAGCCGGCCGCGACCAGGAGACCCAUGGGGCGGCGCACAAUUGGCCCAGCGUCGUCCAGGGUAGGGGAGGGAAUGGCCGGCAGGGAUGUAGCUCGGUUGGUAGAGCAUGGCGUUUGCAACGCCAGGGUUGUGGGUUCGAUUUCCAUGGGGGGCCAGUAUGAAAAGUAAAAAAAGUAUGUAUGCACUCACUAACUGUAAGUUGCUCUGGAUAAGAGCAUCUGCUAAAUGACUAAAAUGUUAAUGUAACAGAAUAUUUAUUAUUGCUCCCUAAUGACGGGAUGAUUGAUACCGGAGCUCCGACACAGUUUUCGAAGCACUACUGAUGUUACACUACCAUCUGACAAGUGUCGGAACUCAGAACUGAGAGUGCCGAACUUUGCUGGAAGCUUUUAGUUUUUAUCUAGCUAGAUAUUUGAUAUUUGCAUUGUUUGCUCUAUAACAUUUAACAUUUUAGUCAUUUAGCAGAUGCUCUUAUCCAGAGCGACUUACAGUUAGUGAGUGCAUACAUUUUUAUUUUUCAUACUGGUCCCCCGUGGGAAACGAACCCACAACCCUGGAGUUGCAAACGCCAUGCUCUACCAACUGAGCUACACGGGACUACAACCCAUUCGUUCAUACGCCACAGUGAUAUACAAUAACGCCGUGACAACAAAAAGACAACAGUCACACAGUGGCGGAAUAAAUUCAACUACACAUACGUUUGUUUAAUCACAAAACCGGAGAGCAACAUCUGUCCGGUAAAGUCCACAAAGCAAAUAUUGCAUGUAACAGACAGUUAUAUGACCUGCAGUAUGGUCAAGCAAGUUCAUGUUUUUGACAGUUUACUACUGAUUUAGAACCACAGAGUUACCGCAAGUCAGCACAAAGACAACAGGAGCACCGCCUCCACUAUUCCAGCACCAUUUCAACUUAAACAUCAUCAAAUCAACAAGGCUUAGUUUAAUACACUGAAAACAAACUUAAAGAUACCAAAAACAAUUUAGUCCCAAUCGAUGUUGCUAAAUAUCAUGUGGCUGUCCAUGGCACUGAUUUCUGUGUGUUUGUGUGUGUGCUUGCUCACGCAAGUGGAAAAACAAAAAGUUGAACCCCAAUGCCAUCCUCCUCUCUUUCAUGUUGGCAAAAAGGUCUAUGGCUCUGUCAUUCAGUACACUUUUAGUUUUUGUUUUCAUAGGCUACCUAGCUAAAAUGCUUGCAAGCCUAACUUAAUGUGAAAAGCAAUUCAAUAUGGUCCUCAAUCUUGUCCCCAUAGUGCCUUCAUCCGCAGCCUCUUCCCUGAAAACCUCAACACAGACAAGAAGAGCAGGCCCACCACUGCUAGCUCUAAGAUCAAGGUAACAGUCCCCACUCUACUACCAGCACUAUGGUUCAGUGGUUGAGUUUGAGGUUAUUAGUACGUGGUGGUACAUCCCUCUCUUAUGUUCUCUCUGCAGAAACAAGCCAAUGAUCUGGUGAACACGUUAAUGAAGUGCACCCCCCACUAUAUCCGAUGUAUCAAACCCAACGAGACUAAGAGACCCAAGGACUGGGAAGAGAGUCGGUGUGUCCCUAUAACACCCCCUAACAGACAUCAUAUACAAUAGCAGAACAUUUAGGGAAUUCAGCAGGGAGCUAUAAUGCUCUAGUUUGGAACAUUAGAACAUAGAGGAUAUUGAACCUGUGUGUGUGUGUGUGUGUGUGUGUGUGUGUGUGUGUGUGUGUGUGUGUGUGUGUGUGUGUGUGUGUGUGUGUGUGUGUAUUUAGGGCCAAGCACCAGGUGGAGUACCUUGGGCUGCGGGAGAAUAUCCGUGUACGUCGAGCCGGCUACGCCUACCGCAGAGUCUUCAAUAAGUUCCUACAGAGGUGAGUCUUACUUACUCUUAGGUGUGUGUCCUUCAGUGUCUGCUGGGUGUCCUUCAGUGUCUGCUGGGUGUCCUUCAGUGUCUGCUGGGUGUCCUCUCAGUGUCUGCUGGGUGUCCUUCAGUGUCUGCUGGGUGUCCUUCAUUGUCUGCUGGGUGUCCUUCAAUGUCUGCUGGGUGUCCUUCAGUGUCUGCUGGGUGUCCUCUCAGUAUGUGUGGGGGGAUGGAGGGUGUACUGUAUGCUCUACCCAGUGCCUGACUCACUGUGUUUGGCCUGCAGGUAUGCCAUCCUGACGGCGGAGACGUGGCCGUGCUGGCGGGGGGGAGAGCAGCAAGGGGUCCUGCAUCUCCUCCGCUCUGUCAACAUGGACACAGACCAGUACCAGAUGGGACGCUCCAAGGUCUUCGUCAAGGCCCCAGAGUCGGUAGGGACCAACAUAGUUCUCCCUGGGAAAAGUGCUGUUUCUCAAUGGGACUUCCCGGUUUAAGGGUGAAUACAUGAACUGUAUUAAAAGGUGUGAGGUAUUCAUCUAUACACUGCAAAGUAAUGUAUUUGAAGCCCCUUACACUUCAGUGUUGUGAUGCAAAAAUUCUAGCAAAAUGUAUAGCGCAUAGAAUUAAAAAGGUAUUGUCGGAUAUUAUUCAUUCUAAUCAGACAGGUUUUUUACAUGGAAGAUACAUUGGAUAUAAUAUAAGGCAAGUAUUGGAAACAAUAGAACACUAUGGAAAAUAUGGGAAAUUCAUAUUCAUAGCAGACUUCGAAAAGGCAUUUGAUAAAGUUCGACUGGGGUUUAUAUAUAAAUGCCUGGAUCAUUUCAAUUUUGGAGAAUCUCUUAUAAAAUGGGUCAAUAUCAUGUAUAGUAACCCUAGGUGUAAAAUAGUAAAUAAUGGCUAUUUCUCAGAAAGUUUUAAACUGUCAAGAGGAGUGAAACAAGGUUGUCCACUAUCGGCAUAUCUAUUGUGGCCAUCGAGAUGUUAGCUAUUAAAAUCAGAUCCAAUAAUAAUAUCAGAGGAUUAGAAAUCCAGGGCUUAAAAACAAAGGUGUCAUUGUACGCUGAUGAUUCAUGUUUUCUUUUAAAUCCACAAAUAGAAUCCCUCCACAGCCUCAUAGAGGAUCUAGAUACAUUUUCUAACCUCUCUGGAUUACAACCAAAUUAUGACAAAUGUACUAUAUUAUGUAUUGGAUCACUAAAAAAUACAAUUUUUACAUUACCAUGUAGUUUACCAAUAAAAUGUACUCGGAAUACAUAUCCCAAAGGAAAUAAAUGAUCUCACUUCAAUACAUUUUAAUAGAAAGUUAGCAAAAAUAGAUAAGAUCUUACUACCAUGGAAAGGAAAAUACCUGUCAAUUUGUGGAAAAAUCACCCUGAUUAACUCUUUAGUAUUAUCCCAGUUCACCUAUUUGUUUAUGGUCUUGCCUACGCCUAGAGAACAGUUUUUUAAAUUAUAUGAGAAAAAAAUAUUCAAUUUUAUUUGGAACGGCAAGCCAGACAAAAUUAAAAGGGCAUAUUUAUAUAAUGAAUAUGAAUUCGGAGGACAGAAAUGAUUAAAUAUUAAAGCAUUAGACCUAUCACUAAAAGCUUCAGUCAUACAAAAGUUAUACUUAAAUCCGAACUGGUUCUCAAGCAAAUUAGUAAGAUUGUCUCACCCAAUGUUCAAGAAAGGCCUUUUCCCCUUUAUUCAGAUUACAACAACUCAUUUGCAGUUAUUUGAAAAGGAAAUCAUCUCCCAAAUAUCACUAUUUCUAAAACAAGCCAUAGAAAGUUGGUUGCAAUUUCAAUUUAAUCCUCCAGAAACGACAGAACAAAUAAUGCAACAAAUAUUGUGGUUAAAUUCAAAUAUACUAAUUGACAAAAAACCUUUAUUUUUUGACAGAAUGUUUAAAAAAGGUAUAAUCUUCGUAAAUGAUAUCAUCGGUAGGACUGGUGGAGUUAUGUCGCACAUGCAGCUAACAAAAACAUAUGGAAAUGUCUGCUCUACCCAAAAUUACAACCAAAUAAUUGCAGCCUUACCGCAAAAGUGGAAGAGGAAAGUGGAAGGGGGAGAAAGUAAGGAACUUGUCUGUCGGCCUUGCAUUAAAGAACAUAAAACUGUGAUAAAUAAAAAAGUAUAUCAGUUUCACUUAAGGACCAAAGGAUUGACAGCCGUCCCAUAUAGAUCGCAAAAUAGUUGGGAAGAGAUUUUUGACGUACCGAUCCCAUGGCAUAGUGUUUAUGAACUGACACGCAAAACGACACUGGAUUCAAAAAUUAGAAUCUUUUAAUUUAAAUUAUUAUAUAAAAUUCUUGCUACCAAUAGAAUGUUAUUUAUAUGGGGGAUACAAUCUUCCCAGCUCUGCAGAUUUUGCUGUGAAGAGACAGAAUCAUUAGAUCAUUUGUUUUGGUUCUGUCCAUUUGUAGCUUGUUUUUGGACACAGGUCCAGGAAUGGCUAAAGGAUUGCAAUAUUUACCUGGAGCUAACCUUGCAGAUAGCAUUACUGGGUGAUCUGAAAAGUCAUAGUCAAUCGAUCAAUAAUAUAAUAAUACUUUUAGCAAAAAUGUUUAUUUUUAAUUCACAAUCUGUAGAAGCAAUGAGAAUAGAAAGGUUUAGAGACAAUCCCCCAAAACAUUUAGGGGGGGGGCUCACGCCGUGGACGACGAGGCAGCAGGAGGCCGCGAUAGAGCGGUUCCGCUGUUUAGCAGAGGAGGCCACCAGAUUAGGGGGGUCAUUGGUUCAGAGGGAGCAGAAGGAAAGUGUAGAGGCACGGCGAGAGGAGCUGGUUAGGCAGCAGAAGGAGCGGGGGUUAAUGAAGGAACCCAGUCCCGCUCCUCGCACCAAUCAAGUGGUGCGUGUCGCCAGUCCGGUCCGGCCCGUUCCCGCUUCCCGCACUAAGCCAGUGGUGUGUGUUCCCAGUACGGUUCGGCCCGUUCCUGUCCCUCGCACCAAGUCAGUGUUGCGCGUCGCCAGCCAGGUCCGGCCCGUUCCUACUCCCCGCACCAAGCCAGUGGUGCGUGUGUCCAGUCCGGCACGGCCCGUGCCUGUUCCACCGGUGCCUGGUCCGGCACCGGUCAGCUGCUCCACUCCGGAGCCAGAGCAAUCCGCUCCACCGGGGUCCAGCUCCGGUCAGCGGCUCCACUCCGGAGCCAGAGCAGUCCGCUCCACCGGUGCCUGAUCCAGCUCCGGUCAGCGGCUCCACUCCGGAGCCAGAGCAGUUCGAUCCACCGUCGUCGGGUCCAGCUCCAGUCAGCGGUUCCAGACCAGACCAGGGGCGCAACAGGGAGGCGGAUAAUAGGUGGUGGUCACGCCCGGAGCCGGCCCACCCGGCCCCUACCCUGUUAUGUUUAGGUUGCUCGGUCGGAGUCCGCACCUUUGGGGGGGGGGGGGGGGGGGGGGGGGGGGGGGUACUGUCACGCCCUGGCUCUGGGGACUCUUAAAUGUUGAGCCAGGGUGUGUAGUUUCUAUGUUGUGUUUUCUAUGUUUAGUUUCUAGAUCGUUUAGAUCUAUGUUGGCCAGGGUGGUUCCCAAUCAGAGGCAGCUGUAGCUCGUUGUCUCUGAUUGGGGACCAUACUUAGGUAGCCUGUUGGCACUAGUGGGUUGUGGGAUCUUGUUCCGUGUAAGGUAUGUUGUUUGUAUGCUACCUUGGACUUCACGUUUUGUUUGUUGUUUUGUUGUGUGUUUAGCUGUAAAUAAAUAUGAAUGCAUAUCACGCUGCGCCUUGGUCCUUCUCGUCCGUAAACGAUCGUGACAGGAUGAGACUAAUAACAAAUAAGAACAAAUAAUAACAAAGAUCGCUAAUAAUGUAAGCAUACUGUGUCCAUAACAAGUAGAUAGGUUGUAUGUUGGGAGCUUUUGGAAAAGAGCACAGUUAGAAAGAUAUGGCAUAUAGAAGCAAACCGGAUGGACAUCAUGAAAAUGAUCGGAGAGGUUGAGAGUAGAAGAAGUUCAGGAGCAAAAAAAUAAUAAUAUAUAUAUAUAAUAGAAUUAUUGUAAAAUUAACUGUGUCCAUAAGGUGUAGAUCAGGGGUGUCAAACGUCCGGCCUGCGGUGCCGGAUCAGGCCCGCAAACGGGUUUAAUCCGGCCCGCGAGAUGAUAAAAAAAAAAAAAAAAAAAAAAAAAAAAGGUCAAGUAUAAAAAUGCACUGCAAUUUUUCUAUUAAAUAAACUGCUGUUCCAAUUGCGUCCACUGGAUGGCGCAAUAGCAAUUGUGUUAAGCAAGCAAACUGUUUAUACCGGGGCAGAGCAAGUAGGUCAAGCACGUGCAGCCAAUGAGCUACUUUGUUUUGCCCGCGAUAUUUAUUACCAUCGCCACUAUGUGAGUCUUCAUGCCGACAAAUAUGACAACUUUCAAGGACAGCGGAGAAGAGAGAAGGUGAAUGAACUGUUGGUGGGUCUGAAGAAACAGCAGUCUGUGUUUACUCACAGCCGAGACAUCAGUGACGCUGCAGUGAAAGCUAGCUACCUCAUUGCUAAUGAAAUCGCAGUGGCUUCAAAACCAUUUAUUGAGGGUGAAUUUGUAAAAACAUGCAUGAUGAAGGCAGCGGAGAUUGUGUGCCCUGAAAAGCGGCAGGCUUUUGCAAAUAUCAGCCUGACAAGAAACAUCUUUCAGUGGAUCUUUCAGUGGAUUUGGACAGCCUGUUGAAGCAAAAAGUAAAGUCAUUUAUUGCGUUUUCGGUUGCAAUUGAUGAAAGCACGGACAUUACAGAUGUUGCACAACUGGCCAUUUUCAUCCGCGGAGUUGAUGACACAUUGACCGUCACCGAGGAGUUCGUGGAGUUGGUGCCGAUGACAGAUACAACGACAGCAGCUGAUAUUUUUACCGCACUCGUCGGCGCGCUGGACAGGGUCGGAGUGGACUGGUCCUGCGCUGUCAGCCUGGCUACAGAUGAUGCGCCCUCAAUGAUCGGGAAAAAAGCAGGCGUUGUGACAAAGUUCAGAGAGAAAGUGCAAUCUGCAAAUGGAGGAUGUGAUUUUUUUACUUUUCAUUGUAUUUUGCACCAGGAGGCUUUGUGUUGCAAGUCAUUAAAGAUGGAUAACGUCAUGAAGGUGGUCAUCCAAACUGUUAAUUUCAUCCUAUCCAGAAGCCUGAAUCACUGUCAGUUUGACAGCCUUCUCAGAGAGAAAGACCACAUCUAUGGCCUGCCAUACCACACUGAGGUAAGAUGGUUAAGCCGAGGUGCUGUGCUGAGGCGUUUCUUUGAUUUACGAGAAGAAAUUGAACAGUUCAUGGAAGAAAAGGGCAAACCAGUGUUAGAAUUUCAUUCCGCAGAAUGGAUGCAGGACCUUGCAUUUAUGGUAGAUGUUACAGAGCACCUGAAUAACUUGAACAAACAGCUGCAAGGGCGCAACAAAGUUGUCACGCAGUAUUAUGACAGCAUACGUUCUUUCAAGUUGAAGCUGUCAUUGUGGGAGACGCAACUUGCCGGUGGUGAUGCAGCUCACUUCCCCUGUCUGAAAAAUGUGUGCGCGACCCAACAUGUGGCAGACAUAUAUGGCCAAUAUACCACGGAUAAGGGCUGUUCUUAUGCGCAACGCAGAGUGCCUGGAUACGGCCCUUGGCUGUGGUAUGUUGUCCAUAUACCACAAACCCCGAGGUGCCUUAUUGCUAUUCUAAACUAGUUACCAACUUAAUUAGAGCAGUAACAAGAAAGGUGGCGUCACUCCUACGCGACGCUCGUCCCUCAACAGGGACCAGUGCAGGCGGAAUCGUCGCUCUAUCUGACGUAAGACUGCCAUGUAAUGUUAAUGGGGUGCUAUCAUGGCUGCCAUAUUUUCUAGUGUCAUGUAAAUCAUCAUAAUGCAGGAACCUCAAUGUCCCGACUCUCUAAAUACAUGGCUCUCUGUGUGUCAUGACUCCCGAGUGGCGCAGUGGUCUAAGGCACUGCAUCGCAGUGCUAGCUGUGCCACUAGAGAUCCUGGUUCGUGUCCAGGCUCUGUCGCAGCCGGCCACGACCGGGAGACCCAUGGGCGGCGCACAAUUGGUCCAGCGUCGUCCGAGGUAGGGGAGGGUUUGGCCGGCAGGGAUGUGGGUUCGUUUCCCACGGGGGGCCAGUAUAAAAAAACAAAAAAAAACAUGUAUGCAUUCACUAACUGUAAGUCGCUCUGGAUAAGAGCGUCUGCUAAAUGACUAAAAUGUAAUGUAAAUGUAUGAAGCGGUUCAAAGAUAAAAUAACGGGACUGUUACGGGAGUUUGAGCAACGCUUUCAGAUUUAUGUUUAUAUGUUUUUAUGUUGAUGUGCUAUUGUUUUUAAUUGAUUUUAUUUCAUUUGUAUAUUUAACCUAUUCUUGACUCUGUGGUUCUUGCACUUGUUUGUGGAACAGGAUUUCAUUAUUUUUAUCUACAUUUCUGCCUGAGAAAUGACACCCUGAUAUAGUUCUGUGAUCUGUGAUAUACUUCUGUGAAUCACUGAGGCAUUGUGUGUUUGUGUGUUCUUUGUCCUCAGAACUUUCAUAUAACUUGAGGUGUUUUAUGAUUAAUAGUGAUGUUGUGCUUUUGGACACUGUCCUCAGGCUCCAGCUUUAUGUUUAUAUGUUUUUAUGUUGAUGUGCUAUUGUUUUUAAUUGAUUUUAUUUUAUUUGUAUAUUUAACCUAUUCUUGACUCUGUGGUUCUUGCACUUGUUUGGGGAACAGGAUUUCAUUCUUUUUAUCUACAUUUCUGCCUGAGAAAUGACACCCUGAUAUAGUUCUGUGAUCUGUGAAACAGUUCUGUUAAUCACUGAGGCAUUGUGUGUUUGUGUGUUCUUUGUCCUCAGAACUUUCAAAUAACUUGAGGUGUUUUAUGAUUAAUAGUGAUGUUGUGCUUUUGGACACUGUCCUCAGGCUCCAGCUUUAUGUUUAUAUGUUUUUAUGUUGAUGUGCUAUUGUUUUUAAUUUAUUUUAUUUUAUUUGUAUAUUUAACCUAUUCUUGACUCUGUGGUUCUUGCACUUGUUUGGGGAACAGGAUUUUAUUAUUUUUAUCUACAUUUCUGCCUGAGAAAUGACACACUGAUAUAGUUCUGUGAUCUGUGAAACAGUUCUGUUAAUCACUGAGGCAUUGUGUGUUUGUGUGUUCUUUUUCUUUAGAAUUUUCAAAUAAACUUGACGUGUUUUAUGAUUAAUAGUGAUGUUGUGCUUGUACUAUUUUGGACACACUGUCCUCAGGCUCCAGCUUUAUGUUGUAUGUUGAUCGUAUUAAAACAAAGAAAACAAUCUGAAGUUGUUGUUUUUAAGUUAUAUAUACCAUGAUUUUUCCGGUCCGGCCCACUUGGGAAUAGAUUUUCCUCCAUGUGGCCCCUGAGCUAAAAUGAGUUUGACACCCCUGGUGUAGAUAGUAAGUAUAGGCCGGAAGUAGAGGCCUGGGCAUUGUUGUUCACUAAUUUACUCCAAGUAGGGAAAGGAUGGCGGGGUUGAAAAGUAAUAAAGGGGAGUAUAUAUAUAAAAAACAUGGGGGAUUGGAAGUGAUGCAGACAAUUACAUUGAUAGAAGAUACAAUCUAUCUGCAAUUUUAAGCUGAUCCAUCCCCCAGAAAAAAAAAGUAAUGUAUUUGAUCUAAGCAUUCCCUCUCCCCUCUCCCCUCCGUCUCCUCUAGCUCUUCCUAUUGGAGGAGAUGAGGGAGAGGAAAUUCGACACGUUCGCCAGGACCAUCCAGAAGGCCUGGAGGAAGUACAUCGCCAGGCGGAAAUAUGAACAGAUGAGGGAGGAUGGUGAGUGUGUCAAUGAUCCUGGAGAGGUGUGUGGGGAUGGAACAAGAAAGAAAAAUGAUUAUACAUAAAUGAUACAGCAAUGAAUAUGCCCUCAGAGGGUCUUCCUUAACAUUCCCAGGAACUCUCUCUCCUAUGUUGUCCCCAGCCUCAGACAUCCUGUACAACUCUAAGGAGCGGAGGAGGAACAGCAUCAACAGGAACUUUGUAGGAGACUACCUGGGACUGGAGCAGAGGCCUGAGCUCAGACAGUUCCUGGCCAAGAGGGAGCGAAUUGACUUCGCAGAUUCUGUCAACAAGUUUGACCGCAGGUUCAAGGUGCGCAUACCCCUUCCUCCCCCACAGAGCGCUGAGGAAAACAGAGCCAAUGUCUGGGUUAACAGCACAGCAUGGGGUUAACGUCUUCCUUCUUCCAUUUAUAUCCACUUACUCUCUCUCAUUCUCUCCCCCUCCUAUUCUCUCUCUCCAGUCCAUCAAGAGGGACCUGAUUCUGUCUCCCAAGGGCAUCUACCUGAUAGGCAGAGAGAAGGUGAAGAAGGGGCCAGAGAAGGGACAGAUAAAGGAGGUGUUAAAACGGAAGCUGGAGUUUGAGAGUAUCCACUCUGUCUCUCUCAGGUAAAGGAUUUUUCUCACUGCUAAACUUAGAAUAGCGUAUAACAGUGCAGUGUGAUGUAAUUUACAGGCAGUGUCAUUGGGAGUUUUUGUGGUUAAAGUGGUUAAUGAUAAACAGGAACUGAUAACACAGGAUCUGUUAAAACUCCCUUUGUGCUAUUAUAUCACCCUACUGUGUGGGUGUGACACUUCUUUUUGUCUUCUACCAAAGCCAAUCCCUUAAAACUCUCCAUUUAUAUAUUUCUCCCACUCUCUGUAGUAUGAGACAGGAUGAUUUCUUCAUCGUGCAUGAGACUCAGUAUGACAGUCUGCUGGAGUCCAACUUCAAGACUGAGUUCCUCAGCCUGCUCUGUAAGCGCUAUGAAGAGGUGACCAAGAACAAGCUGCCUCUCUCCUUCAAUGACAGGUAUUACUACACACAUACUGGAUAGCGACAUCCUUGCUAUAUGACUCCAUAGUUUAGUGGAUUGGAUUAACUUUGGAUAAAAGCAUCUAGUAAAAUGACUAUAUCAUUCAUGUCCGCUGUUGUGGCUCUCUGUAGGCUGGAGUUUAGGGUGAAGAAGGAGGGCUGGGGCGGAGGGGGCACCCGUGUUGUGGUGUUCCAGAAGGGACAGGGGGACCUGGCAGAGAUCAGACCAGCUGGAAAGACCCUCACCAUCACCGUGGGAGACGGCCUGCCCAAGACCUCCAGUGAGUAACAGGAAGAGAGAGAAGCACAUACAGAAGGAGAAAAGAGAGAGACAUACUGUAGAUACAGAUGGACAUGUAGAUCUAUAGAAUACUAAGGCUGACUUGGUAUAACCUAUCCUAUUCAUCUUAAUAUGUCAUCCUUUGAAACUCUCCAUGUUUAUUUUGUCAGAGCCCACCAAGAAGGGAGCGCUACAGAUCCGUGCAGGCGGCAGGAGUCAGCCUCCCAGCAGAGGUAAACUCAUUAUUCUGUUCAGCCAUGUUCCUACGUCAUCAGCAAGCCUCACUCCAUGAACAUGGACUUGUAUUUCUUACUAUGAACUGUGUACCACCACCAUGAUAAUUAUGUUGAGGUAUUAGUGUAUGAAUGGAUAUACUGUAUGUCUGUCUUGUGUUUACCUUGUAUCUCUGUUCCUCUUCUUUGACUAGGGUCCCAGAAUGGUGCACCCAGAGGUAGAGGUGCUCCACCGCCCCAGCAGUCAGAGCACACCUACACCUCCCAGAAACAGAAUCGCCCCCCCAGCGCUGCCCUCCCCAAACUGGGCUCCCAGAAUACCAGACGAGGCGCGGCCCAGACUCAGACUCAACAGGGGAACCUGGACUUCCUCAACGUGCCUGACCAGGGCGUGUCUGGGUGAGCUGAAUAAACUGAGCAUACAGUGGGAAUUCACAAAAAUAUACUAUCUGCAGUGAAGGAUAGAAGUUGAGCUCUCAUCUCUCUCUCCCUGUAUAUCUAGGAUAGAAGUUGAGCUCUCAUCUCUCUCUCUCUGUAUAUCUAGGAUAGAAGUUGAGCUCUCAUCUCUCUCUCCCUGUAUAUCUCAUCCCUUUCUAUCUCUCUUCAGAAUGCAGAGGAAGAGGAGUAUCAGCAGCCAGCGGCCGCCCCCGGCCCCGUCCAGCCGGCCCAAGGCCAAGCCCCGCCCCAUGGGCCCGCGUUGCCGGGCGUUGUACCAGUACGCUGGCCAGGACACAGACGAGCUCAGCUUCGACGUCAAUGAUGUCAUCGACCUGCUCAAUGAA